GCCACAAAGGCUUCUUGGAAACUCUAGUGUGGCUAGAGAGUGAUCCGCAACUCCUCGGUCAAUAAUAGCAAUGUCGACGAAUGGCUACAACCUAUACAACCGCCCCCACCAACAAUCCUCCGCCCAGCAAUAUGCAUCAUGUCAGACUGCGCCCGCUUCGAACAACAUCACUGAAUCUGCCCGCCAGUACCAGCAGCCACCACCGCCGCCGCAAGCCCACCAAUACAUGCCCUACCUAACACAGUCAUAUACAACCCAGAACAGUGGAUCUGGAGCCACAUGGAACAACGGCACAUAUGGCGCAACUCACGAGAAAAGAAGCCGGGCUGCCGAGGUUCUACACAGUAACCCCUCGUAUACACCCAGCACCACAUCUGGGACCACUCAACCCACCUUCACCACCAACACUACCACGUCGUCGCAUCCCGCUCACUAUGCCAGUUCCAAUGCCCCGCAAGCCCUAGCGCAGCAGAGCCAUUGUGUUCAUGGACAAUCGCAAGCGCAUCUGCAGAGCGUUAACAAUAACCGCGCUCUACCGUCUCUACUCACAGCAUCAAUGAGCCAUCUGCACGCAACGCAGUCAAUGCAUAACCAGCAACAGCAGCAGCGCUCUGCCAGCCCGGCCCAGCCUCAAUACACUAACUUGCAAGCCAACAAUGCGCGGACUGCAACCAUGAUGGCUACAGAAAAUCAGCAGUACGGCAGUUACGGUAACCAACAGAUUGCUAGCGCCGAGUCCUCGCGUGGCUCACAAAAUCACACACCGUCAUACGUCAGUAAUUACGACACUACGCCAGUGCCUCCAGCUGCAUCUUCUGCACCCACUGUCAGCAUGCCAGAUACAUAUCAUACACAGGGUACUACUACCGUAGACCCACUAGCAGUGUACGACCCAUGGCCGGAAUAUCAGCGAAAACAGGCAGCAAGAAAGGCGAUUGAGGACGCGGCACGCGCUGAAGAGGAAAGGGUUGCAGCGGAGACGCGCAAAAUAGAAGAGGAAUGCAGACGAGAAGAAGAGAGAGAAAGCUUGCCACAGCCACAGCCAAAGUCUAAUGCGAGCCAGAGUCAAAAGGAUCAGCAGCCAAACAUAGCCGAGGUGGCUGCUGCACCUCCAGCUGACGAAAAUGGUUCCAGUGAUGCGUUGGAAGCCGAGAUUCGUGCAAUGAUGGCGAAAAUGCGUGAACUCAACGGCAAAGACCCAAGUCUCCUUGCGCGCAUCUGGGAAGAGGAACGUAGAGCAAAACCAAAAUCACAGGCGGUACAAAGCAAGCCUACGCCUCCAACUGCAGCAGCACAGUCUACACAACCUGCUCAUGCUAGUACUCCGCGGCCUGCAAACUUGAGGGAGAACAUCUCACAUAGCGAAGCGGCGAACACAAAUGGAUCUAAGCCGGCGACUUCUGUGGUUGCUCAUGCUGAACCAGUCAGGCGAACCCAGACGCUGGCCAGUCGACCCGUCGGCAACACGGUCUGGCCAGCAGAGAAGAAGGCACAUCUAGCAAAAGCAGCUGCAGCAUACAUCGAUAGCCAAAACACGUUUCGCAAGAUCCAACCUUCUCGUAUAAUAUCUCUGCUCAAUGACAACCCUUCUUAUAUCCAGCUGUGUGAGCAGCUUGAGCAGAUGGGUUUUAAACUAGAUCGCGCAGCCUUUGCUAAAUGCUUGCUCACAGCUGUGCCAGACCUAAACUCAAAACCACGUCAAUCUUUGCCUCAGCUACCAGCUCCUGUGCAGACACCGCCUGUCCCACCUGCCGUAAUGAAGAAGGACAUUUCAGCUUCCGUCGCACCUAGUCCACAAGACACGCCAGCUUCAGGCCCAUCGACUUCAGGUCCACCAGCAAGUGCAGAACCGUACACGCCAUUUCCAAAUGACGACUCACCGGCAGUUUCUCCAGCACAUACGCCUGCACCUGCACCUGCACAUGCACCAGUCGCUGAGAUGAUGCCCAUCAAGCCUGAGUUGAGGAAACCUGCUAAUAAAGAAGAGGCUGCCCGAAAGCGCAACCUGAGUGACCUCGUUGAUUUAACACAACUUUCAGAAGACGAGGAUACGGGUCCACCACCCAAGAGGAUGGAUACUGGUGCCAUGCAUACAUCUGAGCUUGAGGGUACAACGGAUGGCGGCAAGCAACUGUCGACUUCUAUCACGAAUGGGCCACCGCAGUCCGUUAUACAACAAUUGCCAUCGCUACCUAACAGUCUAAGAUAUACUACCUACGUUCAGCCACUAGAUCGGAACAAGGCACUACGUCGGAAUACUUACAAUCCUGCAACAAUUGCACGCGAUGUCUUGAUCGCUUGUGGAAGACACCCGUCCCAGCGUAAUCUCAACCAGCAUUUAGACCAGCUAAGAACAAGCUUGCCUAACGUCACGAUGGAGUCAGACCUUAGCACUAUCAGGUGGGAUCUGAUCGAUCCUGGCAACCCACCUCCGGACUAUUUCAAGGAGAGAGUCGAAGAUCUCACACAAGAUGCAAAUGAGGAGGAUUCGGGUGAUGACGAGAGACCACGUCCCCGCUCUCCGUCGAAUGCGAUUGGUGGUGAGAGUGGGGCUCAGGUAAAGGUCCAAGCUUUACCUGAAGCUAUCAAUCCAUUCAUCAAGAAGCGACGCGGUCGACGUCCACGAAACUCUUUACCCAACACCAUUGAACCAGUGAAACAGCCUGCUCCCAUGAACUCAAGUGACCGCCCUGCAUCAGGUGCUAGUGGCGUGGGCUAUUCAGCAUUUCGGUCUGCUACACAAUACAACCCUGACGGUACACCAAUUCCUAAGAAGAAAGGUCGCCCUGUUGGUUGGAGAAAGGCUAUCCAUGGAUCUGCUGCCACACAGGCUCGAACGAAUUCAAACAAAGACACUGGCCUCUUGAAUAAGCAUCAGCCGCCACAACCAAGCUCCAUGCGCAAUGUGCGCACAGAUGAUGCAGCAAUUCGUAUCGAUUCGAGGUCGCCGAGUGUCGUGAACCGCGUAUUUCAGUCGUACAAGUGCAAAUGGCUGAAAUGCACAGCAGAGCUACACAACAUGGAUACCCUGAAGAAACACGUGUUCAGAGUGCACCGUAAAGAGACAGUCGGCAAUAUUUUGAAUUGCCUGUGGGGUGAUUGCAGCAAAGAUACUCAUUCACAUUCUUUUGACCUGGAGAGCAACUGGCGUAGCCAUUUACAGCAAGUGCACUUUGAUCCGCUGUUAUGGGAGCUUGGCGAUGGACCGGCCAGUGGUCUCUCUGACUCGCAUGACUCUGAUGCUUAUCUUAGCGAUGCGCAAGGUCGGCAAGUUACUCCACGCAUCACAGUCGACCCCCAGCGCCUAGAGGCACUUAGUUUGUCUCCACCAUGCUUACUAUCCCGAGGUCGCGGACGGCCUCCAAAACGCACCCUAGAGCAAGAAGCCCGUGAUGCGCACGAUAGGCUCGUAUCACUGAAGAUGCGUAUAGGAGGACCGGGCAUGGAUCGUGGAGGGGCAACACUUGUGAAUGAUAAGCGGCGAAGAGGUCUUAUUGAUGUCGAUGAGACAGAAGUGGAGAUUGUCAACGUGGAGGAAUGAACCAGACGAUAGUGCUUUGAGCAGCUUAUUUAACACUAUUCUCUUGGGUAUUUUUUUUCUACAAGUAUACGUGUACCCAGUAGGGGCACGAUGCGGCAUUGGAUUGGCAGUGGGCGUGUGUUAAGGAGAUCGGGAGCCACGCUGUACUUUAUGAUAGCCAAAACGAAUCGAGCAUUCCGGCGACCAUAAUCGCUUGAGAAACCAAAGUUAUAUACGCCUGAACGCCAUGCCCUUGGACUAACGAGCUCCCCUUUUAUGAGACGGGUAUCAUCUCUACCUCGCAACAUGGAUACAAUUGCGUGUCUCUUGUCAAUGAUUAACCAUGCCAUACUCUUCAUGCCUUGACCUUUGCUCCCGCAGCCCUUGGCUUCUCCUCAAUCUUGUGAUCGUCGGAGUUGACUUCCAGGAAAUGAUAGACGACAAUAAGCAGCAUGGCAGCGCUUCCAAGGAAGAUUGCGAGCGAGUAGAGU